GCUCUGACGUCGUAAGGGGUUCUCAAAUCUUUUUAAACCCCCCGGCUUGCCCUUCUCUUCAUUUAGUGACAAGUGAACAAGUCUCUUCUAACUCAGCUGUACCGACCUGUCUUUAUUUUUCUGCUUCACGAUCUGCCGUCUCUUUUUUAAAUUUCCUGCUCUGCUCUGAGCUGUCUAUUAAGAACCAGAUAACAUAUUUCUCACAAGUUUGUCAAUUAAAAAGAGGACUCGCUGUUUUCAAAACGAAACUUGGAUUCCUUAAUUUAUAAUUUUGCUGUCAGGUUUGCUUGGUUUGACAAGCACGAUCAUUUUAGCAAGAAGCUGUGUUUUUUUUUUUUUUUUUUUUUUAAGUUUUAAAAAAGUUUUCACAGUGCGCGCGCGCCUGGCACUGCCCUGCAAAACUAUUUUAUUGUUUCUCCCCUACGUGCAGUGGAUUUCACAGUGGCCUCGUUGAUUGCGGUAUAAAAAGGGGCAAAGAGACCGAAACCAUGAUGAGCAAUAACACAUACUACGACCAGCAGCAGCCUCCGUACUACCAAGACACCAAUAACGGGGAAGACCAGGAAGAGAUGCCUGCCACAGAGAAGGACCUGGCUGAAGAUGCCCCGUGGAAGAAAAUCCAACAGAACACCUUCACCCGAUGGUGCAACGAGCACCUGAAAUGCGUCAAUAAAAAGAUCAACGAUCUGCAUAAAGAUCUGAGCGAUGGGCUGAAGCUGAUCGGUUUGUUGGAGGUCCUGAGUCAGAAGAAAAUGUACAGAAAAUACCACCCCAGACCUAACUUUAGACAGAUGAAAUUCGAAAACGUUUCGGUGGCACUGGAGUUUCUGGAUAGAGAACAUAUCAAACUGGUAUCUAUAGACAGCAAAGCUAUUGUAGAUGGGAACCUGAAGCUGAUCCUGGGCCUGAUCUGGACCCUCAUCCUGCACUACUCCAUCUCCAUGCCCAUGUGGGAGGAUGAGGACGAGGAGGACGCCAAAAAACAGACGCCCAAGCAAAGGCUGCUGGGAUGGAUCCAGAACAAGAUCCCGCAGAUGCCCAUCACCAAUUUCCACAGAGACUGGAAGGACGGCAAAGCUUUGGGUGCCUUGGUGGACAACUGUGCGCCAGGCCUGUGCCCUGACUGGGAGUCCUGGGACCCUAACCAGCCUGUGGAGAAUGCCAGGGAAGCCAUGCAGCAGGCCGAUGACUGGCUGGGUGUGCCUCAGGUGAUCGCUCCUGAGGAGAUUGUCGACCCCAAUGUAGAUGAGCACUCUGUGAUGACUUACUUGUCACAGUUUCCCAAAGCCAAGCUGAAGCCUGGGGCGCCACUCCGAUCCAAACAGCUGAACCCAAAGAAAGCCAGGGCCUAUGGACCAGGUAUCGAGCCCCACGGUAAUAUUGUGCUGAAGCCUGCAGAGUUCACUGUGGAGACGGUUGAUGCUGGUCUGGGAGAGGUGCUGGUUUAUGUGGAGGAUCCGGAAGGGCAUAAUGAAGAGGCCAGAGUUAUUGCCAACAAUGACAAAAACAGAACCUACUCUGUUACUUAUGUCCCCAAAGUUGCAGGACUUCACAAGGUGACAGUGCUGUUUGCAGGUCAAAAUAUUGACAAGAGCCCCUUCAUGGUCAAUGUUUCCAUGGCAAUGGGUGAUCCCAACAAAGUGUCAGCUCGGGGACCUGGGUUGGAGCCUGUAGGAAACAUUGCCAAUAAGCCCACCUACUUUGACAUCUACACAGCCGGUGCUGGAGCAGGAGAUGUGGGCGUCAUCAUUGUGGACCCCCAGGGCCGUCGUGACACAGUGGAGGUCAUCCUGGAAGACAAAGGGGACAGCAUUUACCGCUGUACCUAUCGCCCUGUGCUGGAAGGGCCCCACACUAUCUAUGUCACCUUCGCAGGGACCCAAAUCCCCAAGAGUCCUUUUACUGUCAACAUAUCAGAAGCUCCCCCGUCUGUCCAGCCAGUUGGGGCUCGAGCUAUUCAGAUUAUCCCUCAGUCUAUACACACCCCACCAACUGAAAAGCCAAAGAAAGCCCCACCCCCAACUCCACCUAAACCACGGCAACCAACCUGCAACCCCAAUGCCUGCCGGGCUACAGGCCGAGGCCUGCAACCUAAAGGGGUCCGGGUGAAGGAGGUGGCUGACUUCAAGGUGUUCACGAAAGGAGCCGGAAGUGGAGAGCUUAAGGUGCUUGUAAAAGGGCCAAAAGGUACAGAGGAGCCAGUGAAAGUCACAGAAGUCGGUGAAGGAGUGUUUGAAUGUGAAUAUUACCCUGUGAUCUCGGGAAAAUACACUAUCACUAUCACUUGGGGAGGAUGCGCUAUCCCAAGGAGCCCCUUCGAAGUCCAGGUCUGUGCUGAAGCUGGGGCGCAGAAGGUGCGAGCUUGGGGCCCUGGUCUGGAGACCGGCAUGGUGGGCAAGUCGGCCGACUUUGUGGUGGAGGCCAUCGGAACUGAAGUGGGGACCCUUGGUUUCUCCAUUGAGGGUCCUUCUCAAGCUAAAAUUGAAUGUGACGACAAAGGUGACGGCUCCUGCGAUGUUCGCUAUUGGCCGACCGAGCCUGGUGACUAUGCCGUCCAUGUCAUCUGUGAUGACGAGGAUAUCAAAGACAGCCCCUUCAUGGCUCACAUCCUUCCCGUUGUCAAUGCUGUAUUCCCAGAAAAGGUUAAAGCCUAUGGCCCAGGACUGGAGCAAACAGGCUGUAUUGUUAACAAACCAGCAACAUUUACCAUUGAUGCCCGGGGAGCAGGCAAGGCAGAACUCAAGAUCUAUGCACAGGAUGCUGAAGGUAUCCCCAUCGAUAUCAAGAUUACUGAUAACGGAGAUAACACAUUCAUCUGUGUUUAUAUCCCCACUAAACCAAUCAAGCACACCAUCAUCAUUACAUGGGGCGAAGUCAACAUCCCUCACAGUCCAUUCAGGGUUAACAUUGGAGAAGGCAGCCACCCGGAACAUGUCAAGGUGUACGGCCCUGGAGUAGAAAAGACAGGACUCAAGGCAAAUGAACCCACAUACUUCACAGUUGACUGCGGUGAAGCAGGGCAGGGUGAUGUGAGCAUUGGUAUUAAGUGCGCCCCGGGAGUUGUGGGGCCUGCAGAGGCUGACAUUGACUUUGACAUCAUUAAGAACGACAAUGACACCUUCACUGUGAAAUACACCCCACCUGGUGCCGGCCGCUACACUAUCAUGGUGCUGUUUGCUGACCAGGAAAUUCCCUUGAGCCCCUUCCGGAUUAAAGUUGAUCCAUCCCACGAUGCCAGCAAGGUGAAGGCAGAAGGUCCAGGGCUCAGCAAAGCUGGUGUGGAGGUGGGCAAACCAACCCAUUUCACAGUCUUCACUAAGGGCGCUGGCAAGGCCAAACUGGAUGUUAAUUUUACUGGUGCCAUAAAAGGAGAAGCAGUGCGAGACUUUGAGAUCAUUGAUAACCAUGACUACUCUUACACAGUGAGAUACACUGCAGUACAGCAGGGUAAUAUCACUAUCUCGGUUACCUACGGUGGAGAUCCCAUUCCCAAGAGUCCAUUCACUGUUAGUGUGGCUCCAUCCCUUGAUCUCAACAAGGUCAAAGUGCAAGGACUUAACAACAAAGUGGAUGUUGGUAAAGACCAGGAGUUCACGAUCAACACUCAUGGGGCAGGAGGACAGGGAAAGGUGGAUGUGAAAAUCACCUCCCCAUCUCGUCGACCCAUCCCCUGCAAGGUCGAGACAGGCACCACCAAUGAUGUGCACUCUGUGAAGUAUAUGCCCCCUGAGGAGGGGCCCUACAAAGUGGAGGUCACCUAUGAUGGGAACCCUGUGCCUGGAAGCCCCUUCACUGUGGAGGGGGUCAUGCCCCCAGAUCCUUCCAAGGUGCGUGCCUAUGGCCCUGGCCUGAAGGGAGGGAUAGUGGGCAAACCAGCUCCCUUUGCCAUUGAUACUAAAGGAGCUGGCACUGGUGGACUUGGUCUUACAGUGGAAGGUCCUUGCGAGGCUAAGAUCGAGUGCCAGGACAACGGUGACGGCUCCUGCUCCGUCUCUUACCUGCCCACCGAGGCUGGAGAGUAUGCCAUCAACAUUCUCUUUGCCGAGGCUCACAUCCCCGGAUCACCUUUCAAAGCAGCCAUCAAACCUGGGUUUGACCCUAGCAAGGUGACAGCCAGUGGCCCAGGUCUGGAACGAGGCAAGGUCAAUGAGUCCGGAUCCUUCACCGUGGACUGCUCCAAGGCUGGGGAAGCAGAACUGACCAUUGAGAUCAUCUCAGAAUCUGGCGUCAAGGCUGAGGUGCACAUCCAGAACAACAGCGAUGGCACCUACUCCAUCACCUACAUACCCGCCUUCCACGGCAUGUACACCAUCACCAUCAAGUAUGGCGGACACUCCGUGCCCAAGUUCCCAGCUCGUGUCCAGGUGGACCCUGCCGUCAACACUAGUGGGAUCAAGGUUUACGGACCCGGAGUUGAACCACGGGGUGUUCUUCGUGAAGUUACCACUGAAUUCACUGUGGAUGCUCGUGCACAAACCAAGACUGGCGGAAACCACGUGAAAGCAAGAAUUGUUAACCCUUCAGGUGGCAAAACAGACACCUACAUCAGUGACAAAGGGGACGGGACUUACAGGGUGGAGUACACAGCCUAUGAAGAUGGUAUUCAUGUGAUAGAAGUGCUUUAUGAUGAUGUGGCUGUUCCCAAGAGCCCCUUCAGGGUGGGCGUUGCUGAGGGCUGUGAUCCUACGCGUGUCAGAGCCUUUGGACCCGGUUUGGAGGGAGGCCUUGUCAACAAACCCAAUCGCUUCACCGUGGAAACCAGGGGGGCAGGUACAGGUGGCCUCGGCUUGGCUAUUGAGGGCCCAUCAGAAGCCAAGAUGUCCUGUAAAGAUAACAAAGAUGGCAGCUGUAGUGUGGAGUACAUACCCUUCACUCCAGGAGACUAUGACGUCAACAUUACCUUUGGUGGACGCCCUAUUCCAGGAAGUCCAUUUCGAGUGCCUGUCAAGGAGGUAGUGGAUCCCAGCAAAGUGAAGUGCUCUGGCCCUGGCCUGGGCACCGGAGUGCGAGCCCACAUCCCACAGACCUUCACUGUCGACAGCAGUAAGGCCGGUCUUGCACCACUGGAGGUGCUCUUGCUUGGGCCUGGAGGAGUGGCAGAGCCUGUUGAUAUCAAAGAUAAUGGAGAUGGCACCCACACAGUUAAGUACACCCCAGCAAUGGAUGGCCCUUACACAGUCACAGUGAAAUACGCUGACCAGGAGGUACCACGCAGCCCAUUCAAGAUUAAGGUUUCGCCCACUCACGAUGCCAGCAAGGUCCGUGCCAGUGGACCAGGUCUCAAUGCGUCCGGGGUUCCAGCCAGCUUGCCAGUGGAGUUCACUAUCGAUGCCAGGGAUGCAGGGGAGGGUCUCCUCACUGUCCAGAUCCUUGAUCCUGAAGGAAAACCCAAAAAAGCAAACAUUCGGGACAAUGGGGAUGGAACGUACACAGUAUCAUAUGUGCCUGAUAUGACAGGACGGUAUACCAUCACCAUCAAGUAUGGCGGUGAUGAGAUUCCAUACUCCCCAUACCGUAUUCAUGCAUUGCCAACUGGAGAUGCCAGCAAGUGCCUGGUGACAGUAUCAAUUGGAGGACAUGGUCUGGGAACUGGUCUGGGACCCACCAUUCAGAUUGGUGAAGAGACCGUGAUCACGGUUGAUGCAAAGGCCGCUGGCAAGGGAAAGGUUACGUGCAAGGUGUCGACCCCUGACGGGGCUGAGUUGGACGUUGAUGUGGUGGAAAACUCAGACGGGACGUUUGAUAUUUACUACACUGCUCCAGAACCAGGCAAAUACGUCAUCACCAUCCGCUUUGGGGGAGAGCAUAUUCCUAAUAGCCCCUUCCAUGUGGUGGCGUGUGACACCAUUCCCAUUAUUGAAGAACCAUGUGACAUGCUGCAGUUACACCAGCCCUACGUACCCUACACUGGCUAUCCAUCCCAUUGGGCGACAGAGGAACCCAUUGCCCCAGUUGAUGUCAUAGAGUCCAUGCUUAGGCCUUUCAAUUUGGUCAUUCCUUUUACUGUCCAAAAAGGAGAGAUUACAGGUGAAGUGCGUAUGCCUUCAGGCAAGACAGCCCGUCCGAAUAUAACUGACAACAAAGAUGGAACUGUCACUGUGAAAUAUGCCCCAACGGAAAAGGGACUGCAUGAAAUGGAUAUUAAGUAUGAUGGAAACCAUAUUCCUGGAAGUCCACUGCAGUUUUAUGUGGAUGCCAUCAACAGUGGUCACGUGACUGCUUACGGGGCAGGCUUAAGCCACGGAAUGGUGAACAAACCAGCCACGUUCACUAUUGUUACAAAGGAUGCUGGAGAAGGUGGUCUGUCCCUUGCUGUUGAAGGCCCCUCUAAAGCUGAGAUCACCUGUAAGGACAACAAGGAUGGCACUUGCACUGUCUCCUACCUCCCCACGUCACCUGGCGAUUACAACAUUAUUGUCAAGUUUGACGACAAACAUAUCGCAGGAAGCCCCUUUACUGCAAAGAUCACAGGGGAUGAUUCCAUGAGAACAUCCGAGCUCAAUGUUGGCACUGCAACGGAUGUCUCUUUGAAGAUCACAGAGACAGAUCUGAGUUCCUUAACAGCAAGUAUCAGAGCGCCGUCUGGCAAUGAGGAGCCUUGUCUGCUGAAGAGAUUGCCAAACAGGCAUAUUGGCAUUUCGUUCACUCCCAAGGAAGUUGGAGAGCAUGUGGUUAGUGUAAAGAAGAACAGCAAGCAUGUCACUAACAGCCCCUUCAAAAUCAUGGUGGGUCAGUCAGAAAUUGGAGAUGCCAGCAAAGUGAAGGUUUCAGGAAAAGGGUUGGUGGAAGGUCAUACCUUUGAGGUGUCUGAGUUUAUUGUGGAUACUAGGAAUGCAGGUUAUGGGGGUCUAGGUUUGUCAAUCGAAGGUCCAAGCAAAGUUGACAUAAACUGUGAAGAUGUUGAGGAUGGAACUUGUAAGGUGACGUACUGUCCAACGGAGCCUGGCAACUACAUCAUCAACAUCAAAUUUGCUGACAAGCAUGUACCCGGCAGUCCAUUUACGGUGAAGGUGACUGGGGAGGGGCGUAUGAAGGAGAGCAUUACCAGGAAGAGACAGGCUCCCUCCAUUGCCACAGUUGGCAGCACCUGCGACCUCAACCUCAAAAUUCCAGGGAACUGGUUCCAGAUGGUGUCAGCCCAGGAGCGUCUGACACGCACUUUCACACGCAGUAGCCACACCUACACACGCACUGAGCGCACCGAGAUCAGCAAAACUCGGGCCGGGGAGACCAAGAGGGAGGUCAGGGUGGAGGAGUCCACGCAGGUUGGAGGAGAUCCCUUCCGCGAUGUCUUUGGAGAGUUCCUUGGCCGUGAGAGCCUGGGAACCUUCACUGGCAUUCCCAGACCAGAGGGAGAAGCUGGGUCUCAGGAGAUGACAGCCCAGGUCACCAGCCCGUCAGGGAAGACUGAUGAUGCAGAGAUCAUUGAGGGAGAGGACAGCACCUACAGCGUGCGCUUUGUGCCUCAGGAGAUGGGUCCCCAUACUGUGAAUGUGAAGUACAGGGGGCAGCAUGUGCCUGGCAGCCCCUUCCAGUUUACUGUGGGGCCCCUGGGUGAGGGCGGCGCCCACAAGGUCAGGGCAGGUGGCACCGGCCUGGACCGAGGGGUGGCUGGAGUUGCAGCUGAGUUCAGUAUCUGGACCCGAGAGGCAGGCGCAGGUGGUCUCUCUAUAGCAGUAGAAGGCCCAAGCAAAGCUGAGAUUUCAUUUGAAGACAGAAAAGACGGCUCAUGUGGCGUUUCUUAUGUCGUUCAGGAGCCUGGUGAUUAUGAGGUUUCAAUCAAGUUUAAUGAUGAACACAUCCCAGACAGUCCGUUUAUUGUACCAGUAGCCACUCUUUCUGAUGAUUCCAGAAGACUUACUGUAACCAGUCUUCAGGAGACCGGAUUAAAGGUCAACCAACCAGCAUCCUUUGCUGUGCAGCUGAACGGAGCCAGAGGAGUGAUUGAUGCCAAGGUCCACACGCCCUCUGGUGCUGUGGAAGAGUGCUAUGUCUCAGAACUGGACAGUGAUAAGUAUGCAAUCCGCUUCAUUCCACACGAGAAUGGCGUCCACUCCAUUGAUGUGAAGUUCAAUGGGAGCCACAUCCCAGGAAGUCCCUUCAAGAUCCGAGUGGGAGAGCCAGGCCAGGCAGGAGACCCGGGGCUCGUCUCGGCGUAUGGACCAGGGCUUGAGGGAGGAACAACAGGAGUGCCUUCUGAAUUUGUAGUUAACACCUGUAACGCUGGAUCUGGGGCCCUGUCAGUCACUAUUGAUGGCCCAUCCAAGGUUAAAAUGGACUGCAAUGAGUGUCCAGAGGGGUAUAAGGUUAUAUACACACCAAUGGCUCCUGGUAAUUACCUGAUAUCUAUCAAAUAUGGUGGACCUCAACACAUCGUGGGGAGCCCCUUUAAAGCAAAGGUCACAGGUGCUCGUCUAUCUGGAGGUCACAGCUUGCAUGAAACGUCAACAGUGCUGGUGGAAACAGUCACCAAAUCAGCCACAGUGGGGGGCUAUGGAGCCAUGCCCAAGUUCUCAUCUGACGCCACUAAAGUUGUGUCACGGGGGGCGGGCCUGUCCAAGGCUUUUGUAGGACAGAAAAACACGUUCACAGUAGACUGCAGUAAAGCAGGCACAAACAUGCUUAUGGUCGGCGUCCACGGUCCAAAGACUCCAUGUGAAGAGGUGUACGUCAAACACAUGGGCAACAGAAUGUACAACGUAACAUACACUGUCAAAGAAAAGGGGGACUACAUUCUUAUUGUCAAGUGGGGCGAUGAAAAUGUUCCAGGGAGCCCUUUCCACGUCACCGUACCUUAAAUAACUAAUGGACCUACCCCGCGACGCACUAAAUAAUGCAAAGAAGAGAAGAUACAUUUUAAACAAUGUGCCAGAUCUUUCGAUUCAGAUUAUUUUUACAAGCACGCAGUAUUGACAUCACAGGAAGAAAGUGCAUACUAAAAAAUAGGUCACCCUCAUUUUCUUUCUGCCUUUUUUUUAAAAAUAAGUUGAACCCUUAUACUAAAUUGUUCUUUUUUUGUCAUAUUUGUAUGUUUAUUUUGGAGAAUAAAUAAAUCUGUAGCUUAAAGUGAUUGGUUAAUUUUUUCCAGCUGAUAUUGGCCAAGCAUGAUCAACUGUUAAACAUUUUCUUAAACUGAAGGGGAUUCUUUUAAAUUCCAAGGAUAUACGUUUGUUUUUUGCUUCACUAAUGUAAACAGAAUGCAUUGCAAGUUUAAUUAGCAGAAAUAACUAAUACCUUGUCUUUAAGUAGACAUGUGUUAAUAAGCACAUACAGGCCAAUACAAGCUUGAGAAGGGAAAUGUCACUCUAAACAGGUCACUGUCAGGGUAAUGUGGAUAUUUGUAGGGUUUAAUUUAUUUAAUGAAAAGUUAUUUUCAUUGUUUUUGUGAACAGAAAUUCAAUGUAGAGAAACAUUUAUGGAUUCAGUGAUUAAGGUGUAUGGAAAUGAUGACAUUUAUAAAUAAAUAAAUACAUAAAUAACAAAAAUAUUAAACACAUAAAACUGCUGACAGUGACCUCUUACUGUGCCCUGACCCACUUACAGAGAAUGUGAUUGGUCAGAGAGAAUUCAGUUGCUGCAUUGAGAACAGUAUUACAGAGUGCCAUUUUAUAGUGUUUUUGUAUGUAUUAAAAAUGAAAAAUCUAAUUGUUUGAUAUAAUAACCUAUUGUUUGGUAAGAUCUUGCAGACAAAAAUAAAGUGUAACGGCUAGCUUGCCACAAAAACAUUA